AUGGACGGAGCCGAACAUGUCGACCACCGAGCGGCAUCCCCGACGGCAGACACAGCGCGAACCGACAGCCCGACGCAGCAGCCGAAGGCGGUGCUGACGAUCCGCGUGCCGGAGCCGCCGCCUAGGGCGCUGUCCCGGCUGCAGCGACUGCCGACGCAGGCGGCAAGAUCGACGCGGGCAUCAUCGUUUGCGUCCGUGGCCACGACUGUCCGACGACCGAUCAAGUACGGACAGGUGCGUCGUGGCGGAAGCAGACAGAACCAGCAGCAGCAGCAGCCGCAGAUGGUGGCGGUGGAGCUGGUGCCGCAGCCGAGCGACGACGACGACGAUCCGCUCAACUGGCCAACCUGGAAGAAAGAGCUCGGCUACUGGACGCUGCUGCUGGCGGCUGCCACCGCCGGCGUCUCCAAGACGGCUCUCGUCAGCGUUGGCAGCCAGCUGGCCGUUGCCUACAGCGUCAGCUACACCGCCGUUGCCGCGCUCACUGGCGUCCCCCUCAUGGUCUCGGCCCUGUCCGGACUCGCGGCCGCCUCCACCACCCGCGUCUGUGGCCGCCGGCCGGCUUAUCUGGCCUCGGCCGUGCUGCUGCUGGUCGGUGUCGCCUGGAAUGCUGCAGCCGUGGCCCCCGGUGCCGAUAGCCCCGCCCAGUGCAUGGCUGCCCGCGUCCUGCAGGGCCUCUCCUGGGGCGCCUUUGACACGCUCGUGCUCGGCUCGAUCCACGACACGUAUUUUGAACACCAAGUGCCGGUACGUCUGGCCGUCUACGACAUUGUCGUCGUGGGCGCGACCUGGGGCGGUCCGCUGCUGGGGGGUGUGGCGUCGAGCCACGGUGGCGGCGUGGUGGUGCAGUUUGACGUGCUCAGCGUGUUUGCGAGCAUCGUGCUGCUGCUAGUCGCUCUGGCGGUGCCGGAGACGCUCUUUGACCGGUCGUUUUACCUGAUCAACCGGCCGGCGUCAGCGGCGUCGUCGGCCUGGUCCGAAAAGGCACUGCCACCGCGGCCACGCAUGACGCUAUCGGCUGAGACGGCGGCAGACUACCUGCGGACGAUGCAGCCGUGGGCAUACCGGCAGAGGUCACGUGCGCGUGGAAUGAGCCGAAGUGUGAGUGGACAGUUGCUGCAGCCGGUGCGGGCGAUGGUGGCGCCGACGACGGUGCUGCUGGUGGCACUGUCGCUGCUGCCGGUGGGUGCGUUGUGGGGGCUGGCGCUGUCGCUGAGCCUGCUCUUUGCGCCGGAGCCGCUGGUGCUGACGCCGGAGUCGAGGGGAGCCCUGAUGGUGGCGCCGUGGCUGCUGGCUUCGGUGGUGGUGGCCCUGGUGAGCGCGACGCACGUGUGGCCGCAGCCAUGGCAGCAGUGGAGGCGGCGGAUGGUGGCCGAGGGCCUGCGGACAGUGCAAAACAUGGCUGUGAUGCGGCGAAUGCUGGAGCGGUUGUCGGGUGGCAGCAACGACCAUAGCAGCAGUCCCGGCACGGCCGGCUUUCCCGGCACGAGCUGCCGGUCGCCGGCCACCGUGCUGAUGCUGGUGGGUGGCGGCUCGCUGCUGGCCGUGGCCGGACUGCUGGCCUUUGGGCUGUACGUGUCGUCGGGCAUGAGCUCUGGCCGGUCGGCAGACGACGACGUGGACUAUGCUCGCCUUUCGUUUGGCGCCGUCAGCUUCGUGCUCGGCCUGCUUGCCGCCGGCACCUAUGUCGUCGAUGCUGCUGUCCGGCCCAUGGUUCGCCGCUCGACACAGUUCACCAGCUGCAGCCUCGCCGUCGCCCAGCGCAACACUGCCGACAUGUGUGCCGGCGUCGGCCUCUGGCGUACACUCGCCGCUGGCGCUUUUGUCAUCGGCAUGCCCAGCGCCGUCUGGGCCUGGGACCUUCUCCGCGCUACCAGCAUCGGCGUCUCCGCUGCUCAGCUGCUCGUCGUCGCUGCCGUCUUCGCCGUAUGGUCCCUCGCCGGCGAAGCCGUCUGGCGCCUCGACGGCCGCGUCAUGCUCUGCCUCGCCCCCGCAGACGAUCCCGCCUGA